UCAUCUUUUUGUUUCAUGAAGAUGACCAGUGAAGCCACAUCUCUGCAUCCCCUGAAAGAAGCAAUGAAAAGGGUAGAGGAAAAACUUCAGACCUUGGAGACACAGUUUGAAGAAUUGGACUCUGCCAUGGAAAAUCUUACUCAAAAGUUUGAUUUUCACAGAAAGAGUCUGGAGAGCCAAGCAAUCCAAGAUGAGAUGUGGACAGCAGUUCUGGAGAUUAAGUUCAGUUCUUUGGAAUUAAAUAUAUUCUACAGCUACGUCAUUGAAACACUUCACUACCUACACUCUCAGGUGCUUGAGAAACUUCCAGACCUGGAAAAAGGGCUUCCUACUUUGGCCACUGUUCUUAAGAGAAAAAAUAAUAACAAGCAGAUUAGAGUUGUAUGGGAGGCAGUCUUAGAGGCAUCGGGACUUCAGGAAGAAGAUGUCAAAGUCUUCUGUACCUUCUUUAUUGCACAUAGCAGCAAAGCAGAAUACUACUCUGCUAAUUUGAGGCAGAUGGGCAUCAGUGAUGCAACCCCCAUAAUAACCAACACAGUGAAAAACCAGGCUUUGCAGAAUAGUUUGCUACAUGCAGUUCAUGUAAUAGAGAAGAAGAAAACUACAAAAGCAUAAAAAAGAACAAAAAGAAAUCUUGAAAAUGGUGGCAUUCCUCAUCCAAAACUAACUCCUGUAAAUAUUUAUGUUCACAUAUGAAAUUCUCUAAACAUCUAUGUCUGUUCACAGUAGGAGGCAAAAGGGCCUCUGACUUCAUUCAAUCAUCAUUCAGUAUUUACUGAGUGUCUUCAAUGUCAAUAGCAUCAUACUAGAUGCUGUGUGAGAUAUAAAGAAGUAUUUAGAGGGGCAGCUAGCUAGGUGGCGCAGUGGAUGGAGCACAGGCCCUGGAUUCAGGAGGACCUGAGUUCAAAU